AUGACCAAGAUACACAAUUCGAUCGCCGAGAACGUCCUCGGCACGAUAGGCGCCAUCUUUUGGUCGCUGCAGCUUGUACCCCAGCUCUGGAAGUCGUACCACGAUGGCAAGACCGAAGGACUAUCUUCGGCUCUGUUGUUGAUCUGGUUCGCAUCGGGGAUCUUCCUCGGGGCCUACGCGCUCAUCAAAAACCUCGCGAUACCCCUUCUCAUCCAGUAAGGGUUUUCGCAGCAGUCUAGGGUCCGUCGACUACAACACCCAUUGACAAGCCUUCUUUCUGUCUGUAGACCCCAACUCUUUUCCUUUUUCACCGCCAUCGCAUGGGGUCAGACCCUCUACUACGACAACAACGUGUCCAAGUGGCGCUCCAUCGUGCUCGUCACCACUCUCUCGGUGCUCGGCGGAGCGUUGGAAGUGCUAUUCUACUUUCUCCCGAGGGUAGGUCACAACUCGGAGACCUAGGACUUACAACACCAGCUGACAUCGCACCUUUCGCCUCCCCUAGAUCGCUCACAACGACCGACCCACGACAGCAUGGGGCGUUCUGAGCGCAACAUUCAUCGUCCUCGGCCUCUUGCCCCAGUACAUUCUCAUCUUCCGAAUGGGCUAUGUCACGGGUAUAUCAUACCUUUUCCUCUGCGUCGACAUCACCGGUGGUGUCUUCUCGACCCUCGCUUUGGCUUUCAGCGAAGGCUCAUUCGAUGCGCUUGCUUCGGCUUCGGUGAGUUUGAUCUCUGACACUCGACUUCGGGAAUUACCGGCCAGGACACAGAGUGUUGAGAUGAGCACCCUCCAUAUCCAUUCAGUACAUCGCCGUCGUCGUACUGGAGAUCGGCAUAUUCAUCCUUGCCGCGAUCUUGAACCCCCGGCACCAGCGAAAGAUGGGUCUGAAGGGGGAAACCGAGUUCAAGUCCGAAACAUCGUCGACAGCUCGCGGUCUAGAAGAAUCAAAUAUAGGAGCCGGGGAUUUAAGUGCAGGGACUCAGGCUGUGAAUGAAGGAAGAUGA